UCAACCAAUCAGCGAAGCGCGCUGCUCUGCUCCCUGAUGGUGGAUUAGCCACAAUAGACUACCGCAGACUGCAGCUCUGCACUCACUGCCGUCGGUCAAGUCGCUCUUUCGAUCCACGUUCCCUCAGCAGCCGGGUUUGAGAGGAAUGUUCAAGACGGCGCUCUACCCAAGCGUGGACCCUGCGUCCACAACCAUGCAUGAUACCUGGUGGCUCGCCCGGCAUGGCGCGGCGCCCGCCCCCUCAGCUCCGUCCGUGGCCACGGAAAAACCCAAGAAGAACGCUUUCAGCCUGGCUAAAAUCAUGUCCCUGGGCGGCAAGAAGGGUCAUCACGGCUCCGAGGCGCACUACAACAACAACAACAACACGCCCUUCGCCAUUCACUGUCACAUUGGCAAGGAAAUCAAGCACAUUUGCAGCAACUGCAGCCGCGGGAACGACACGCAGGACGCUGAAGAGGUCGAGAGGCUGGCCGUGAUGCGAUCUGAGUCCUUGGUCUCUGGCGCCCACACUCCCCCCAUCCGAUGUCGGAGCAGGCUUGCCACGCUUGGACGCCUCCUCAAGCCUUGGAAAUGGCGAAAGAAGAAGAGUGACAAGUUCAAACAGACAUCAGCCGCGUUGGAAAGGAAGAUGUCUGUGCGACAGAGUCGAGAUGAACUGAUCAAGAGGGGAGUGUUAAAGGAAAUCUUUGAGAAAGCAACGGGUGAGUUUCGAUCCACGAUGGAUGGCGGCGUCUGCACUCAAGAGCCACCCGUUAAGUCAUCCUUGCUCCUCGCCCCCAAGAAAUCUGCCACAUAUCCAGGCGAUCUUCAGGACAACUCUGCCAAACCGCCACUGUACCACAAGCAGCCGCCAGCUCUCCCUCCCAAACCUUUUUCCCGCAUCCCAAACCAUAGCACAGACUCUUGCCAGCCAGUGAAAUUGCCCUGCAUGCCUGGGGCUAAACACUCCCCGCCACUCCCGCCGAAGAAAGUGAUGAUUUGCGUGCCUCCUGGGGGACUGGACGGCACCACGUCCCCGUCCCCCAACUCCCUCAGCGCUCUAUCCCAAAAGUGUGGGGCUACCCAAGUGAUGCCGGGCCACCACGGGGCCCUACUGCCCUCCCAGCUCGCCGCUCUGUCCACUCUCCACCAGAACCACGGGCAUCCUUUGCAACUCCAGUACGGCAGCUUGCACGCGCCUAGCCGCAUCAUCGAGGAGCUCAACAAAACCCUGGCGUUGUCCAUGCAGAGGUUUGAGAGCUCUUUGUUGCACGUAGGCAAUCAGUGCGCUCCUCUGGACAGAAGAGAAGUACCGUCAGUUAUCAUCGACUACGAGGAUGACAAGGAAAACAUGCCCAACGAGUCAGACUACGAGGAUCUGCCUAGCAUGUACAAGGACGAGGACGACGUCGACAACGAUGACGAUGAAGAAGAUGACGACUCCAUAUUUACCAGCACGCUUGCUCAGAAGGUGCUCCGCAAAGACUCGCUGGCCAUCAAACUGAGCAACCGUCCAUCUAAGAGGGAGCUGGAGGAGAAAAAUAUCCUGCCAGUGCAGACAGAUGAGGAAAGGCUGGAGUCGAGGCAGCAGAUUGGCACAAAACUCACCAGGCGCUUGAGUCAAAGGCCGACAGCGGAAGAGCUGGAGCAGAGGAACAUCCUCAAACCUCGCAAUGAGCAAGAAGAAAUCGAAGAGAAGCGGGAGAUAAAGCGAAGGCUGUCUCGAAAGCUGAGCCAGAGGCCAACAGUGGAAGAGCUGAGACAGGCCAAAAUUCUCAUCCGUUUCAGUGACUACGUGGAGGUCUCCGACGCGCAGGACUACGACCGGCGGGCGGAUAAGCCCUGGACCCGUCUCACCGCAGCUGACAAGGCAGCUAUACGAAAAGAGCUCAACGACUUUAAAAGCAACGAGAUGGAAGUGCACGAGUCCAGUCGUCAUUUAACCAGGUUUCACCGACCAUAGUAGACCAUCGCUGUGUCAAGCAGUGCUGCAGGGGUAGAACCUUAAUUGCUGGACAGUCAAACGGUGCCCGUUUUUGUCAAUAAGGCCAUGUCUUUUUGAAAUGCCUUCCCCCCAAUCUCCAAGAUCCGGGACAACUGAGUCUGUACUACUCCCACCAAUUAGUUCACCUGCUUUAGUAGCAUAUAAGUUCUGUCAAUGCAACCCCUCCUGUUUCUUCAAUUUGUGAAAUUAGCUCAUUCAAAAAUCUCCCAGCUUCGCUCUCAAGCAGGCCCCUGUCUGUUUGCUGGCUUCAGUCUUCAUCGGCACCAUUGGAUGUCACGCAACACCUCUUCUUGAUGAUGAUGACGUCCUCUCUCGGAGCUUUUGAUGGCGCUACUUUGCUGUGAGGGUCCUAUCCAUCUUUUACCGUAUUGGUCGGGAGGGGUGUCAUGUCACAAUGUGCAAUAGUUAAUUUGGUUCCUAUGCUAAAGGGCCCUCUAGGGUUUGGUCUGCAGUUUUGUUCUUCCCAUACAUUGUACUGUACCAACAAUGUUGUCAUCCAAGUCGCUUACUGUGAAUCCUGAGGGUUUGCUCUCUACAAAUGUACAUUUUGUUUAUAACAGCCAAGUCCACGAAUCAAAUUUCCUUCACUCGUGUCAGGUAUUCAUGUACAUUUUAUGUAAAAAAAAAAAAAAAAAUGCAUCUAACAGAUGUGUGUAUGUUUUUAUAUCAUUUCAAUUUUUUAUGGGUUUUUGGGCAGGGGAUAGAGGCCUAAAUGUACAAGUUCCUGCUUUUUGUGUGGAAGUAUGUUGGAAUUGAUACCAAUAGCAAGACUUAACGCAGCGUCUUUUUAUAUUGGUAUUUAUCUCUCGUAACAAUAAUUUUGAUUUCCAUUUUGCUUUUCGCUAGCAAUAGCCUUUGCUCAUGAAGGGUUUAACAACAUUCCAAGCUGUCAUUUUUUUGGUUGGUGAUUAUAAUUUUUUUUUUAACUGUUUACUACAUCAAGAUGACUUUUCCUGCUGUCAUCACCACUGAGCCAAUUAUCAGCCUCAAUACGUAAUGAACAUCAUGACAAUUCUGGACGGUAAAUGGAUUUUAAUGGACUGAUUUUAAACUUUUUGAAACUCUCAGUUCAAGUCAGUUGCACUUUCCCCUCCACUGUAUUCCAUUGAAUUAACAUGUGAAAUAUAUGUCAGGUGUGGGGAAAUAUAGUAUGUCUUCUGUCUUGGAGAAUGAGUUCAAGCUGUGUGGUUUGCAUGAGUGUUGUAUUUUUUUUUGAAGCACAAAUCAAUUUACAUUGUAACAGAUUCACAGAGGCAACUAGCCUCACAAGUGUUGGAAAUGUGAGCAUUUCCCAUACUGUUUUAAUGUUUUGAUUAUUAUAAAUUCAACACAAUCCUAAGAAUCCAAACACUCUACUUUUGAUUGUCUGCAUGACAAUCAAUAAAAACGUAACCUCCCAGGACCUGCAUGAGGAUUUUUUUAUUUUAUUUUACUGAAUAAAAAAAAAAACGAAAGGAAAAUGAACAAAGCAAUAAUGUUUUUCCUUUCGCGCAGUAAUUGGAAAAUCUUAAUAGAUUUCAAUAUGUUCUUUUUAACACCCUCACCACAACACACAGACACAUACUUUUGGAAU